GAAAACCCGGAGCGGCGUAUCCGGGCGCGGCCCAGCGCGCGGCGUCUCAGAGCUUGCGCAGAAGGCGUCCGAGGCGCAUGCUCCCUGGCGGCCCCGGGCCCGCCGUGUGGCUACCGCGCUGGCCUCCUCGGCCCGCAGAAAUCCGGGCCGGCUGCGGACAUGGCGGCCAGCCUGUGGAUGGGCGAUCUGGAGCCCUACAUGGAUGAGAAUUUCAUCUCCAGAGCCUUUGCCACCAUGGGGGAGACCGUAAUGAGCGUCAAAAUUAUCCGAAACCGCCUCACUGGAAUCCCAGCCGGCUACUGUUUUGUAGAAUUCGCAGAUUUGGCCACAGCCGAGAAGUGUUUGCAUAAAAUUAAUGGGAAACCCCUUCCCGGAGCCACACCUGCAAAACGUUUUAAACUGAACUAUGCCACUUAUGGGAAACAGCCAGAUAACAGCCCUGAGUACUCCCUGUUUGUGGGGGACCUGACCCCAGACGUGGAUGACGGCAUGCUGUAUGAGUUCUUCGUCAAAGUCUACCCCUCCUGUCGGGGAGGCAAGGUGGUUUUGGACCAGACAGGCGUGUCUAAGGGCUAUGGUUUCGUGAAAUUCACAGAUGAACUGGAACAGAAGCGAGCUCUGACCGAGUGCCAGGGGGCAGUCGGCCUGGGGUCUAAACCAGUUCGGCUGAGCGUGGCGAUCCCCAAAGCGAGCCGCGUGAAGCCGGUGGAAUAUAGUCAGAUGUACAGCUACAGCUACAACCAGUAUUACCAGCAGUACCAGAACUACUACGCCCAGUGGGGCUAUGACCAGAACACAGGCAGCUACAGCUACAGCUACCCCCAGUACGGCUACACGCAGAGCACCAUGCAGACGUACGAAGAAGUCGGGGACGACGCUCUGGAAGACCCCACGCCGCAGCUGGAUGUGACGGAGGCCAACAAGGAGUUCAUGGAGCAGAGCGAGGAGCUGUACGAUGCACUGAUGGACUGUCACUGGCAGCCCCUGGACACCGUCUCUUCAGAGAUCCCGGCCAUGAUGUAGUCGGGACAAAGGACAAGCAGAAAUGGACUGUGUGAUGGGAGAGGAGAGACUCCUUUUUAACAAAAAAGUAUUGGAAGAACUUUUACCUUUUGGAAAUCUUUUUUUAAGCUUUUAGUAAUCAACUCUUCUGACUGGACUAUUCCUGCAACACCACUCCCUUCAUUCAACAGCCUUGGAGCUUGAAAACCAAGGUGCCGUUAAACAAGGUUUCCCAAUUGGUCUUUGAACAAUUGUUGCAGGGAGGCGUAUCUGCACUCUUGAAGAACUUGGAGUUAUUAACAAAGUGGAUCAUAUGAUUUAUUCAA